UCCAGCACGUCCGCUACGCGCCCUAGAACGCAGUGCAUUGUGGGACGUAGGUUAACACUGAAGUCAAGAUGGCUGUGAACCUCAGGCAGAGCGAAGAGCCUGCAGUAGGAAGGCCGUAAAUGAAGUUUUGAAUAAAACACCCGCCGUUGCUGCCAGUUUAGACUUUUAAAGUAGUAAUCAAUCAUUGGAGGACUGGAUACAAGCACAGAGCGCAUCAAAACACGAACAACAGAGGAUAAAGUCUCGUAUGAAUUCCGAGGAGAAAGAGGACUGUGAGUGUGCUCCACCACAGGCCGAGACUAGCCCCGCAGGAGGAUCUAUUAGAGAAUACGUGGAUCCUGAAAUAGAAAACCCAGAAGCAAGCCGAAUGAAGCGAGCAGCUGCCAAACAUCUAAUAGAGCGGUACUACCACCAGUUAACCGAGGGCUGUGGGAAUGAGUCCUGCUCUAACUCAUGGUGUGCCUCGUCAGCUGGCUUCAACCGCAUGGAUAACAAUGCAGCGGCCGUCAAAGCCCUGGAGCUCUACAAGCUCAACGCCAAGCUAUGUGACCCCCACCCCUCAAAGAAAGUCACAGCCUCAGCCCACCAGGAGAGCAGCGCUCACAGCAACUCAGCCUGUAGCAACAGGAAGUUAAACCAUAAAGAUGUCCACUCUGUUCGAGACAAUUUUAAAGAUGUUAAUUACCUGACAGAGGAGAAAGUGUACGAGAUCUUGAACAUCUGUGGAGAGAAGGAAGACUACUCCCCUCUGAUCAGGGUAUUAGGUCGGGUGUUCUCCAGUGCCGAGGGCCUGGUCCAGAGCUUCCGGAGGUCCAAACCUCACACUAAAGAGGAACUCAAGUCCCUCCAAGGCAAGGAUGAGGACAAGGAUGAGGAUGAGAAGGAAUCUGCCGCCUGUUCCGCUACAGCUAUGGAGGAGGACUCCCCCGCCUCCUCUUCAUCAUCUAGGCUCGGAGAGGGCUCCUCAGGGGACAAUGAUGUCCAAAAGCUGGGCCCCGAUGAGGUGUCCGUGGACAUCGAAGCUGUGCGGCGGGUCUACGAGCGCCUACUUUCCAAUGAGAAAAUAGAAGCUGCCUUCCUGAAUGCGCUUGUCUAUCUCUCACCCAAUGUAGAGUGCGAUCUGACGUACCACAACGUGUAUUCACGCGACCCAAACUACCUGAACCUGUUUGUUAUAGUGAUGGAAAACAGCAACCUCCACAGCCCAGAGUACCUGGAGAUCGCCCUCCCACAGUUCUGCAAAGCCAUGAGCAAACUCCCCCUGGCCGCUCUGGCCAAACUGGCGCGCUUGUGGUCACACUACAGCGCGGAGCAGAUUCGGCGCAUGGUGGAGACCUUUCAGCAGCUCAUUACCUACAAGGUGAUCAGUAACGAGUUCAACAGCCGCAACCUGGUCAAUGAUGACGACGCUGUGGUGGCAAGCACUAAGUGCUUGAAGAUCGUCUACUAUGCAAAUGUGCUGGGCGGCGACCUCGACAUGGAGCACAACGAGGAUGAGGACGAGGAGCCCCUCCCGGAGUCUAGUGAACUCACCUUGCAGGAGCUGCUCGGGGAGGAACGGCGGAACAAGAAGGCCCCUAGGGUGGACCCGCUGGAGACGGAGUUGGGAAUCCGCACCAACGAUUGCAGGCGGCCGCUCAUUGCCUUUGAGGAGUUUGUCAAUGAACCUUUGAAUGAGGUGCUGGAGAUGGACAAGGACUACACCUUCUUUAAGGUUGAAACAGAAAACAAGUUCUCUUUUAUGACCUGCCCCUUCAUCCUCAAUGCUGUAACCAAGAACCUGGGUCUGUACUAUGACAACCGGAUCCGAAUGUACAGCGAGCGGCGUAUUACUGUGCUCUACAGUCUGGUGCAGGGUCAGCAGCUUAAUCCAUACCUGAGGCUCAAAGUGAGGCGAGACCAUAUCAUUGACGACGCUCUGGUCAGGCUGGAGAUGAUCGCUAUGGAGAAUCCUGCAGACUUAAAAAAGCAGCUGUAUGUUGAGUUUGAAGGAGAGCAAGGCGUUGAUGAAGGAGGUGUUUCCAAGGAAUUCUUCCAGCUAGUCGUGGAGGAGAUCUUCAAUCCGGAUAUUGGCAUGUUCACAUACGACGAGCGCACCAAGUUGUUCUGGUUCAACCCUUCAUCGCUUGAAAAUGAAGGCCAGUACACUCUGAUCGGCAUCGUUCUUGGUCUGGCAAUCUACAAUAACUGCAUCCUGGACGUCCACUUUCCAAUGGUGGUCUACAGGAAGCUGAUGGGCAAGAAGGGAACUUUCAGAGACUUGGCUGAUGCCAACCCGGUUCUGUACCAGAGUCUGAAGGAACUGCUGGAGUACGAGGGCAGCGUGGAGGACGACAUGAUGAUCACUUUCCAGAUCUCUGAGACUGACCUGUUUGGGAAUCCACUAAUGCAUGAUUUAAGGGAAAAUGGGGACAAGAUUCCAGUCACAAACGAAAACAGAAAGGAGUUUGUGGCUCAGUAUGCCGAGUACAUGCUGAACAAGAGUGUGGAGAAGCAGUUCAAAGCUUUCAGAAGAGGCUUCCAUAUGGUCACCAACGAGUCUCCGCUCAAGUACCUGUUCAGACCAGAGGAGAUUGAGCUGCUGAUAUGUGGCAGCAGGAACCUGGACUUUCUAGCUCUUGAAGAGACGACAGAAUAUGACGGAGGUUACAACAGAGAUUCUCGAAUAAUCAAGGAGUUCUGGGAGACGGUGCACUCGUUUGGUGAGGAGCAGAAGCGCCUCUUCCUGCAGUUCACCACCGGCACUGACAGAGCACCUGUAGGGGGGCUGGGCAAGCUGAAGAUGAUCAUCGCCAAGAACGGCCCUGACACCGACAGGUUACCAACAUCUCACACUUGCUUUAAUGUGCUGCUGCUGCCUGAAUACAACAAUGUGGAGAAGUUGAGGGAGAGACUGCUGAAAGCCAUCACCUAUGCCAAAGGGUUUGGUAUGCUCUGAGCUCCGGUUCAACGCGGACUUGUCCCCAGAACACCUGUCGGACCCUUUCUUUAUCAGAGUAAUGGUUCCAAUAGAGCGCUCCAGUAGUCACACUGUGCUCGCAUCAUGCCACAACAGUCAGUGUAAGCACAGAGACACCCCCCCCCCCUACCCAAACACACACAUCAUGUCCAGUCUUUUCUAUGAACAGAUCAUCGUCCAUAUUAUUUAUUUCACCCCUCAAAUGGCUUCUCUUUCAUGCCUGUCUGUUUUGACAGCGGGGAAAGGAGGGGUUAAUAUUAAACUAUUCUCUAACCACUCCAUACAAACCUCAAGUAGCCCUGAGCUCAGGCUCACAUGCCAUUCACAGAGGAAGUGUAGUUUUAGAGUAAUCUUUCCUUUUUUUUAAUAUCUGUUCCCAUCAUUCCACUCACAGCCAGUGGCACCAUCUUCAACUGAGGCAUUCACUAACUUACUGUGAUCUGGUCCAAAAUGGCACAUUCUCAAAUAGCUGUUGUGUGUUUGGGCCUUUUUUCCUGAGGCUAGGGGGUCACCGCAGGUUAGAGUGAAUCUUUUCAAAGCUGUUAAGUGCACUUAGACAUUUUCAGAAUGUUUUCUUUUUUGGCCACGGGCUGCCGUGAUUUUUUUGAAGCAUUUUAUUUCCAUGUCUUCCUAUGUUGACGAUUCAAAAUAAAACUAGUAUUUAUAUAUCUGUGCGGUUGGCGCUACGACACCUUUGGGAGGAUGUACACCUGUGGACCGAUCACUGCUGAUGUGCUCUAAGAUAGGUCAAGCCCCAGAUGUUGAUGGUACCUGCUCGUCUGUAGUCAUCUACAUCCAGUAUGUGUGUGUUCACAAGGCCUGAUACUGCGGUGGGCCGAGUGAUGAUAGUAAUCUAAGCACAAUCCGAACAAAGCUCGGCUCCACAUGACCUGUGUAUUGAUACUGCUGACGGUGAUCAUUAGGAGACGUACUGUGUAGACACAUCACUGGGAUCUAUCCGAGCCAAUUAGAAUGGAAACGGGCCAGAGUCUGUACAAACUUCUUCCACUGUCCUUUUGACUGAAAGGGUCCACACAGACUGUCAGUGGAGAGCAUCAUCUGAAUCAUGUGACACACAUCUUCAAUCCUUUAAACCACUCAUUUUGAAAGUGAGUCUUUUACAUUACUCACAUUGGUUUUUUAGAAUAUCUGUAUCCAUAUGAGGAUCACCCAGCAGGUUUUGAUGGGCGGAGCCAAGAGUUGGGUUCUUUUAGUGCCGCUUCACCUAAACUUCACUACCAAACUAUGGCAGUUUAACGUUGUCUGACGUUCAUUGUGAUUUAUUAGAAUGCUUCUAAAUUGUUAUACCGAGUGGAAGCCGGUGUGAGAAAUACUUCCCAAAAUCCUGAGGCAUAGCAAGAAUUAGAACAUGUUGAGUACUGUGAGACGUGCACAUACCCUAUGACCCUUAGCUUUAGUUUAACUUCCAAAUGAGUGGUUGACUCGAAGAUGGACUUGAAGAAAAGGGUUUGUUAACCCUGCACGCUGCUGUGUGAACUCUUUCUUCUCCUUUUUAGGUUAAUUAAAUGGUGAAAUCUCUCAGACCUUUCAGCCACAUGUCAUUGUCCCAAUCAGUACAUGAAACAGGCUCCUGAGUCAUCACUAUUUAUGGAUCUUCAAUCAGAGGGAACCAAGGGGUCAUACAUUGGUAGAGGGUGACCCCCGUCUUCAUCUUCUUCCUGCUGUCUAGAGCUACCCACAGCAUCCACUGGGAAGAGGUCAAAGGUCAUCGAUUAGGCGUCAGAGGUCACCGUUUCUUGCCACAGUGUGUUACCAUGAGGCCAAAGUUCUUAACUCCUCAGCUAGCUUUCCGAUAGGCAAGAAUCUCUAACAUCUUUGGAGACUGGAUUCCUGCUGCCCCACUAAUGUGUCUGCAGGAGGUCUAUGUAUUCUGAUGGUACCCACAGUGCAGUACACACUAUCCCCGAGCCAUUCUCUGUUCUGUUGCUCUUACUUCCUCAUCGUCAUAGUUUCAGACCUGGGUAUGUGAUGUAGGUGGCCCUUUGGGCUCUGCAUGGACUGAUGUGGAGUUACUGCAGUUUACUGUAUGUUUUUGAUUAUCAAAAAAGUAUCCAUUCAGACAAAGGUUAAGGACGACUACUUAUUAAGCCCAGGUCUACUCUCAGCUGUUUAACAUUACUCUGUGUCUUCGUUUUGAUGCUGCUCACGUGAACAUGUGAAACGGCUUUACAGCCACGUGGAGCUAAAAGGUGAAAGGUCAACCUGACCCUGGAAAGGAGAGCAGUUUUCAUCAACUGGUCCGACUGAGAAAUUGCAUUCAAAAAGAUACAAACUGAUGAAAGGCUGUAAGUAUUCAGCGUUGUGAAAACAUGCUAAAUAAAGAUGACAGCUUUUUUCCAA